GCAUUUUUAUCGCAGAGUAAAAACCAGGCACCGAAAAAUCAUAUUUUUGUUUAUUAUUAAUUUGUGCUGAAUACAAAGCUUGAAGUCGUACAGUUGAAAUUACUUUAUAUUACCGCUUCAAACAGUGAUUAAUGCUUUUUUUUCACCCUCCAGUUUUAACAAAUAGAACAGUUUUGUUGAGAAAAAAAAACCAAGCUCGGCUCUCUCUAGAUCUUCUCAGUACAUAGAGUGAAAACCUUCGGAAGUUUGUUUAUUCUGGAAGCAUAUUGCAUGAAUCACCAAAAAUAGAUUUCACAUCAAAAGACAACAAUAAUAUACACACAAAAGCCACGCCUAAUUUUCAUAUCUAAUGGAGAAGAUGUAUUAUUUUUAUUCAGAAGGAAAAAUGAGCUGACCAACUGAGAGGAGUGAAGUAGCAUGGCCCUAUCAUAUCAUGACUACGAAAAUGAUUCUGCUUUGACCAUGACAGUCAGCCAAUUCAGAAAUCAAGGACAAACUGUGUGUCCAAACUGUGGGCAGUUCCAUGAAGGGGAUGGUAACCAUUUGUAUGACUACUACCAAGCUGUGGAUGAAGACUUGAUGUGUCACAUCUGUCUUCAACCUCUUGUUAAUCCAGUGGACACCAAAUGUAGUCAUACAUUUUGCACACGAUGCCUAGAGAAUUACUUGUGUAUACAGAACCAGUGUCCAGUAGACAGACAGCUAUUGACCAGAAAUGAUUAUCAGCAGUCGAGUGUACUAGUCAGAAGAUUAUUAGAUAAGUUAUUAGUAGUGUGUCCUAAUGUAGAUUACUGUGAAGAGGUUUUACCCAGAUCUGAUUUAGAAGCUCAUUUACUGCAUAGAUGUCGUGGUGCUGUUACAAGGUGCAUUAAGUCCAGUUUAGGUUGUACAUUUCAAGGACCCAGGAGUGCCCUACAGAGCCAUCUGUGGGAAUGUCAGUUUAGGGAUCAGGAUGGGGGUAAAAAUCCUGUUCUAGAGGGUGAGGUGUCGACAAUAGAAAUCCAAAGAUCUCAAGCUGAUCUAGGCAUCAGUAUAGUAGGAGGUUGUGAUACUCCAUUAGUAUGUAUUGUUAUACAAGAAGUCUUUCCAGAAGGUGUGGUAGCAAAAGAUGGCCGGUUGAAACCAGGAGACCAAAUAUUAGAGGUGAAUGGUGAAGAUCUGACUCAAUCUACACACUACCAUGCCCAGCAAGCGUUAUCACAAUAUUAUCCUGUCUGUAGGGUGACUGUUUAUAGAGAGAAGGCAGAGGAAAACAGACCGAUAGAAAAAGAAGAAAUAUUAAAGAUAACUCUUACCAAAGAGAAAGGAAAACAGCUUGGUAUUAAGCUAGUUGGAAAGAGGAAUGGUACAGGAGUUUAUAUUCUUAAUCUAGUCCCAGAUAGUUUAGCAGCACAAGAUGGUCGGUUAACACCAGACGAUAGAGUGUUAGAGAUUAAUGGUAAAGAUGUGUCGUAUGGUUCUCAGGAAGAAGCUGCUCAAGUCAUACAGAUAUGUGAAGAUAAAGUGCAAUUUGUGAUAUCAAGACGGAGUCGUCCACAGACGCCCGAUCUGAUACGUUCUACCUCAUGUGAAAGUUCUGCCAGUACGGCUAAUUCUGAAUUUAGACCUGAAAAGUUCUUACAGUGCCAUAUGUGUAGAGAAAAACUAGUUACUGUCACAAAGGAUCCAACAGAAACUCUAGGUAUAAGUGUAGCGGGAGGGUUAAGUAGUCCUAGAGGUGAUACACCUAUAUAUGUAACAAAUAUAAAUCCAAAUGGUUGUAUGGGCAGAUCUAAACAGGUCAAGAAAGGAGACAUACUUCUGUCUAUAAAUGGAGUUAGUUUAUUAGCUUUGACUCACAAUGAGGCUGUGACCCAGGUCAAGGCCAAUGCAGAGUCUAAAGUAGUUUGUAUUAAAAUAAUUGAAGGUCCAGAGACAUCAAAUGGCCCUGGAAACUUCACACCAACAUGGUUAUUCUGGCAGCAAAUGCCAAGAAACUGUCAGAACAUCAAGACGGUAACAUUGUUACGUAGUCCGAGUGGAAGUCUAGGAUUUUCAGUAGUUGGAGGAUGUGAUAGUGAAAUCGUUACUUCGUAUACACUUCCUGUUUACGUUAAGUCAGUGGUAUUAGAUACACCCGCUUAUAAAGAUGGGCGUUUGAAAUGUGGUGAUAUUUUGCUUAGUGUUAAUGAACAUAGUUUACAUAAUGUUACACAUUCAAAAGCUGUAGAACUACUCAAGAUGGCUGAUGGUGCUGUGACCUUGACAGUUGUUUCAUGGCCGGGGACAAUUGUAUGAAGGUCAUUGUUAUUGAUACUGUUGACAAUCAUGUGAUCAUUGACUUAACUGAAGCAUUUAGUUCGAACUGGAAGCGUUAAUCUAUGCUACAGUGACCUAAUUCAUGCUCAAAUGCAUUAUGGAGCUCAAAAAAGGUCAUACUGAGAAAUCAUCAACUUUAUAUUAUUUAUUAGGUGCCACAAGAAAUUCUUUAAAUGUGCUGUAGUAACAUGCAUCUUUCCUUCACAUAGAAAAGCAUUGAAAUAUGUAAAAUUGUGAUAUAACCAGAGAUAUGUAAAUAAUGAUGCAUGCAUGAGAAGCUAUGUUUUUUGUGAUUUAUGGGGGAGACCCCCAUUUCAAGUCAUAGAUUGUUGCAUUAUAUUUUAAGUCAUCUCACUUAUCAGGUUGUGCUCUCACUCAUAGGUGCAAUUUAUUGCGAACUUCUAUGUUUAUCAUGCAUGCCAGUACCAAAUAUAUAAAAUGAUUAUUUAAAUAGAUGAAAAGUAAUUAUAUGAACACAGUAUGUUUUUGACAUGCAACCACAUUUCCCAAAUUGACAUUGUUGUUAUACUCAAUUGUGUUCGUUUGAGAGAAAUUAUUAUGCAAAAUAAUUUACUUUCAUAGAUCUCUAUUCAUUAAAAAUGUUAAAAGUGAAGAAUUGAAAGAAUAUUUGAUCAUGUGCCAUUUUGUCUGUUAGUAAUAUCAAUAAUAAUCAUUUCUUGUUAUUACCUUUUAUUUCGAUAAGAAGUAAUGAAAUUCUGAAUUACUUAUUCCAGACAAAUAUAUUUUAUUUACUUAGAAAGUUUCUUUACAUUGUGGUUGAAGAUUUGUGGCAUUUUUUUUACAUACCACUACAGGGAGAUAACUCUGUAAAUAUCAGCUAAUCAUUUUAAUUGAAGCUUCUCAAUGAUGAAAUAACUUGGAGUCAAAUGAAUUUGAGUGAAGGUGUUUGGUACCACUUUUGAUUUAAACUUUUUGAAUUGUUCAAGCAAGAAGCCAAUAGAUGAUUAAUAUUGUUUUCCUAUAAAAAAAUUUUUAGUGUUCAUAUAAUUACUUUUAAUCUUAAACAAAUUUCUGCUUAUUAUGAAACUAUAUAUUCAAUACUGUAAUUACCUAUUGUCUGGUUGUAGAAAAAAAUGUUUGUUUAAGAUUAUACAGUUGGUACUUUACAAUUAGUCACAUACAUGUAUAACUUACACAUACACAAUAUAAGCUAGUCUUUCAUAAAGAUGUGGCAUUUAUUAUUUAUUUAUUUUGAACUCAUAUUUGGCAUUAUUUUAACAUACAUAUAACAAGACUUUCACAUAGAUAGAUAUUAUAUUGUAACAUUUUAUAUCGAGAAACACAACCACAAGUUUUUACUUAAGGCUGUAAAGAAUAUAAACCAAAUGUUCAAAAUAAAAUGAAAUGGUUGUGUAAAUCAUGUAUCUUAAAAAGUAAGAUAAAUUUUUAUGUGGGUAAAUUUUUUGUUUCGUAAACUUCAAUAUUUGGCUUAAUCGGUAAUUUGAAUGCGUAAACACUGUGCAGGCUGUUUCAUUAAAAGGUACAUAGGACCAAGGGAUGUUAUUUCAAAUCACUUUUAUAGGCGGGUGUCAAACACUAUUUUGUACAUUGAAAAUAAAUUGCUUCUUAUGAUGGAUACACCAAUUUUUAAUUGCCUUCCCUAAAUAAAUAGCAAAUUAAAGGUACAAAUACAUUAAAAAAUGGAAAACAACUGUAAGGAAUUUGUACAAGCAUUUCCUUGUGUAGAAAAUGAUAGCGUACACCUAGUUUGAUAGUUAGUUAAACCUCGAUCUCUCUUGUAUAAAAGUCACAUAAAAUUCCAUUAUAUUGACCACAAUGUGUGAACAUGCAAUCAGACAAAGUGCCAUAACUCUGACCUAAAAAGGUAAAACUGUAUACAUUUGUCACUAUGGUUGUUUUUCACAUUCUAGAUCUGCAUCUUACUAAAAGAGAAAACUGAAACAAAAAUGGGGAAGAGGAUGCAUCUUUAAUUUUUAAAAUUUCGAUAAGGGAAGAGCAAAAAAAUAUGAAGUCAUUUUGCAUUUGAUGAAGAUAACUAAUGAUUAGCACCUUUUUACUAUUUCUGUUUUUCUCUUAAGCAAUUUAAAAAUAGGAUGCAGUAUGAUAGUCUGUAUAUAAAGUGAUAUUCCCAUAGCGGAAAUCAAUGCAAAAUCCCAGUUUGCCAAUUGUAUAUUUUUUCACUGUGGAAAACUUAUUAACAAGGAAACUGUACUGUUUGAACAUUUUAACUUAUUUGCAUCAGAAAAAUGCUACUAUUGACUUUUAAAUAUCUUUUCAUUAAAUAUUUUAAUUAAUUUACAUCUUGCUAAAUUUAGGAAGAAUGCAGAAAGACAUUCAAUAGUUAUUGACACAACUGCAAAAUUUUAUUUUCCGGCAAAUGAAAUAUAGUUUGUGCCUAAAAAUAAAGGAAUUUUUAAUGUAAAUGCAAAGAUCAUGAUUGCAAAGAUCAAUAAAAUAAUACAGACCUAUUGCAAUUAAUAUUGAGGCUUUAAAAAGAUUUUAUUUGGGUGCAAAUGAAAUUAAGUUUGUGUCUAAAAUGAAAGAUAUUUUUUUCAAAUUCAAAUUAGUUAGAUUUCACUCAGCAUUUUCCUUGAGAUAUCAGUAUUCCACAGUGUGUUUGUUUUCUUUUGAUUGGAUGUAUGGGUCAUGUGUGUUAUUGUGUUGUUUGUAGAACAGUUAAUUACAUUCCAAAUACAAUGUUAAUUUUUAGCAUUCAUUCCAAUUUUACAAAUGAUAUAUUUUUAAUCCUCAAAGAGAUUAUAGUUUUAAAUAGAAUACUACACAAAUAUGUUAAGCAUUUUAUUUCAUUGUUUUAAAGGGUACUAAAUCUGUGAUCUCAACUAUUUAUUGUAUUUUAUUUUGGUGCUUUUUGUUAAGUGAUUCUUUAAAGAAGGAAGCAAUUUCAAGGUUUCUACAAAGAAAUUGAGUCAAUCAUUUAAGUAGUCAUUCAGAACACAAAUCAACAAUUUGAUUGGUUCAUUUAGACCAGUCAGUAUUUUCUUUGUCUGUCCCCUCUCUACCAUGAAGUCUAAUGUUUCCUUAAUGAGAUAUAUCUAAAAUUUAGUGAACUUGAUUUAAAAUAUAUAUAUAUA